AUGCCGGAGCCGGGAGCUAUAGCCCCGAAGCAGAGAGGUAAGUGUCGCGCACGUGGCCGGGAGGCGGGGUGGCUGUUCAGGCACCCCCACCUUAACCACGUGGGGAGCGCAGCCCUCCCCCUCUCCACUGUGGGCGGGGUAGAGCCUGAAGCGCGUUCUCGGGACAAGGGGGAAGAGGAGAGGGUUCUUGUCGGGCGCGCGCCUCAGCGUGUGUCGAGGGCGCGCCCACGACGAGGCGGGGCUCGCCGGAAAGGAGGCGGGGCCGGCCAGGGGGCUAAAGGGGUGCGCCCUGGAAGGAGGGGCGUGCCGGGAGGGGCGGGACACAUCGGGAGGGAGCGGGCUCCGGCAGGCGGCCAGCCAGGCGUGCGGAGGGAGCGCUUCGGGGAGGAAGCGGAGCACACUCUGGAAGGGCGGAGCGCUCUUGGGGCCGGCUUGGAGUCCUCGGGCCGCGCCCCCGGCGCCGCGCCUGCCGCCGCCAAGAGCCACCGCUGCCCGUUCCCGGGCUGCGCUAAAGCCUACUACAAGUCCUCGCACCUUAAGUCUCACCUGCGGACACACACAGGUGAGCGUCCCUUUGCUUGCGAUUGGCCCAGCUGUGACAAGAAGUUUGCUCGCUCGGAUGAGCUGGCCCGCCACCACCGGACCCACACGGGGGAAAAGCGUUUCCACUGCCCACUCUGCUCCAAGCGCUUCACCCGCAGUGACCAUCUGACCAAGCACGCUCGCCGCCACCCCGACUUCCGCCCAGAACUGCUCCGGCGUGGUGCCCGCAGUGCCUCACCCAGCGACUCACUGCCCUGCAGCCUGGCUGGCAGCCCCGUGGCCAGCCCCUCGGCCAGUCCUGGCCCUGCAGGCCUGUAG